AUGGCUAAGCGUACGAAAAAGGUCGGCAUCACCGGCAAGUACGGUACCCGUUAUGGCGCCUCUUUGAGAAAGCAGGUGAAGAAGAUGGAAAUCACCCAGCACGCCACUUAUACUUGCACUUUCUGCGGCAAGGAUGCUGUUAAGCGUACUGCUGUUGGUAUCUGGAAAUGCAAGGGCUGCAAGAAGACUUUGGCUGGUGGUGCUUACACUGUUUCGACUACAGCUGCCACUACUGUUCGCUCGACUGUUCGUCGUCUCCGUGAAAUGGUUGAAAUCUAA